AUGAAGGAACAAGCAAACGGAUUCAACCCAGAACAUUGCAGGGUUUAUGGGAAGUUAUUUGGACCAAUGAAUCGAGUGCUGGUCAAUUUGGGAGGCUGGCGAAGAUUAGCCCAUCGAAGAUAUCUGAGACUUCUAGUGGCAGUUGCUAUUUUGUCGCCAUUGAUAUUUUAUUGUCUGCAUGGUUCGUCAAUAUUAUCUGAAAACGACCUGAAUGAGAACCAGGGGCUGCAAAGUGUCGAUGUUGGCCGUCCAAAGAUUUAUGAGAGUACCAGCGGCAAGGGAAAUGAUAUCCUUUUGACGCUUGUGAGGAAUUCAGAACUAAUCGAUAUGAUUGACACUAUUGAGCGUUUCGAAAGGAGUUUUAACUCGAAAUACCAUUAUCAAUGGUGGUUCAUGAAUGAUGAAGAGUUUACUGAGAAGUUCAAGGAAGAAGUGUCAUCUAGAGUCUCUGGUGGUGCUAGAUUUAUCAAGGUACCUGGGGAGAUGUGGACCUACCCUGCGAACAUAGACAAGGAGAAGGCAGCCGCUAGUAGGGAAGAUUAUUCCAAGAAGAAAGUUAUGUAUGGGGAAAGCGAGUCGUACAGAUUCAUGUGUCGCUUCAAUUCCGGUCUGUUUUAUAAACUAAAUGAGCUACGCGAUGUCGAAUAUUACUGGAGAAUAGAACCUGGCGUGCAUUUCGACUGCGGAAUAACUUAUGAUGUUUUCCAAUACAUGAGACAGAAUAACAAACUCUAUGCGUUCAACAUGGCUCUGCAGGAAGACGUCAGAACCAUACCGUCUCUUUGGAACACCACGAUAGAAUUCUUCAAGAAAAAUCCUCAAUACCUUGCUGAUAAAAAUAACGCUGAGUUUGUUACAGAUGAUGGUGGGUCGUCGUAUAACCUGUGUCAUUUCUGGUCGAACUUUGAGAUUGCGAAUCUGAGGUUUUACCGCUCCGACGCUUAUGACAAGUACUUCCAGUACCUAGACGACAAAGGUGGUUUCUUCUAUGAAAGGUGGGGGGAUGCUCCAGUACACACAUUAGCUGCCAGCUUUAUGCUACCUGUCGAUAGCUUACAUUUCGUUGCUAAUACAGGAUAUAUGCAUAACCCAAAUCAGGACUGUCCCGUGGACGAGGAAGUGAGAGACAUCCUACAUUGCGAUUGCAAUCCAAGGAAAGAUUUUACAUGGCACAAAUGGAGUUGCGUCAGCAAAUUCUUUGAUGUUAACAACUAUCCAAGACCAACUUCCGUUGCCAAUUUAAAAGAAUACUAUCCGUAUGUCCUCGAGAACACUUAG